AACGGAAAAAUCCAGAGGCGCGAAACUCGAAACUUCUCCCGCCGCGCGCCCCUCGUUUUGUUUCGCACCCCCCGUCCUUCCAUUCCAUCUCCGAGAUCUGCCGUUCCGAUCCCCUCCCACCUCCGACUCCUCGUGAGAAUCCUCCCCGGCGAAGCCAAGCGGAGCGGAGAUCCCUAGGCCGGCGCCAUGGAUACGGAGCCCUUCGACGAGGCGGACCUCCUCGCCCUCCCGGCCUCCCCCGUCGCCUCCCCUCCCCGCCGCCUCAAGCGCCUCAAGAAAUCCUUCCAGACCGCCGCUGCCGCCGUCUCCCCCCAUAAAUCUCCGCCGCCGCAGCCGCCGGCGGAGGAGGAAACCCUGGCCCCGCACCUCGGGUCUCCCCCUCCUCCUCCGAACCACUCCCCACCGCCUUCAGAGGAGGAGGCCGUGGCCCCGCGCCUAGGAUCUCCUCCUCCCCCGACGACGAACCCCUCUCCCCCGCCGCCUCCGCCGGCGCCAGACGCGGAGGCGGUGGCCCCGGCGCCGUCCUCGCCUCCCGUCCCCGUCUCCUCGCCGCUACCGCCGGCCGACACCGCCGAGGACGACGAUGAGGAGGGGGAUGACGGGCUCGACCCGCUCUUCUCGGAGUCCGCCGGGGGCGGGGGUUGGGACCCGCUGGGUCUGCCGACGGGAGAGGACGACGACGACGAGGAGGAGAUGCUGGCGGGAGGAGGGCUCAUCGAGGAGCUGCGGAGGGAGAAGGAGAAGUCCUCCGCCAAGAAGCGGCUCAACAUGGACGAGGGUGAAGAGAGGGUCGAAAUGGCUGUCGAGCCAGAGCGCGAGGUCGCUGUGACGGGGAAGAGGAGCAAGAGGAAGAAGAAGGAUGCGGAUGCGGAAGGGAAGGGGAAGAAGAAGAAGAAGGCGGAGGAUGGGGAGGGGAAGAAGAGGAAGAAGGACAAGGUGCCCAAGGAGUCGGCCGCAUCCAAGAAACGGGCCGAGAAGGAGAGGAGGGCUCAGCUUGAAUCGAUCCAUGCCGAGUCGCAGAGGCUGCUACGAGAGACAAGAAAGGCGUCAUUUAAGCCAAUUGCAGAGCCAGUGUACAAACCCAUCUCGUCAGUCCUGGAGAAGAUCCGUCUUCGGAAGCUGGAGAUUCAGAAAAUGUCAAAUACUCCUGUCGAAGAGGAAGAGGAAGAGGAAGAGGAAGAGGAAGAGGAAGAGGAAGAGGAAGAGGAAGAAGAAGAAGAUGCCUCUUCAGAGCCCGAAAGCGAUCCCGCUGAAAAGCCAGCCAUACCCGAGGUUAAGGAAGCGGGUUCAGAUGACAAAAAUUUGAAGAAUGAUGAUGCUGACAAGGAGGUUGGAGCAAAUGCUGGUGACCUGAGUGACCACACCAGUCUCCCUGAGGAUGAGGAUGCUGUGAUUAGCGACAAGGAUCUUAAUAAAUGUGGUAACAAAUCUCCAAACAAGGAACUUGUUGACAAUUCUCAAGAUAAACAUGAAGACAAUGCCCAACCAAGCGAUGACUCCAUUGAUGCUGUAGAUGAAGAAGUCCAUCUGCCUCCCUCUUCAAGCCCUACCAAGAAUACAGAUGAUAGUUCUUCAGAAGAUGAAGAAGAGGAAGAAGAUAAUGACAAGGAGAACAUAUAUCCAGGCAUUCAGAAAAAUGAUGUAAAUACCCAUCAACAACCUCGACGAACUCUUGCAAGUGAUUCAUGUCCAGAUGCUGCUGUCCUGAAAGACUUUCUAGACGUUGAAGCUGAGGAAGAGGACGACAGUGAUGAUGACAUGUCGAGGUUUAAGGACAACGAAGAAGAUGAUGGCGAUGAUGAAAAUGAAGUACUUACUGCUCUGAUUGCUGCUGGAUUUGAAGAAGAAGAAGUAGAUCAUGAGAAACGUAAUGCACUCCACCAAAAGUGGCUUCAGGAUCAAGAUGCUGCUGAAACAAAUAAUUUCAUUCAAAGAUUAAAAUAUGGUCAUCAGGAGCAGAAAGUGUUGAUGGAGGAAGACGAAGAUGAUAUCGAAGACUGUGAGGAUGAAUCAGAAAAUGAAAGGUCACAUGACUUGACUCCAAAUAUUGUGCGGCAGAAUUCUGAGAAGGCAAAACAAAUGAUUGCCAAAAUGUUCACAGAUGAGAAUGACACUUAUGAACACUCUGAUGAUGAGGAAAUAGAGGAGCAUUUGGCCCGUCAACGUAUUUCAAAGCGAGAAGUUCAUAGUACUUCGUUCAUAUCUCCAUUGGAAGAUGACAGUUCAAGGGAAAUGUUUAGCCUUAUAAAGAAGCUCAAUAUUGCUCCUCAAGCCCCCAAGAGGAGGGGCAAGCAAGCCACAUCAAAUCUUGAAAUGCUUAUGGUCGGAAGUAACAGCAACUCAUCAUCAAAGUCUUCUUUUCUCGGCCGAACAACGAGUGGUCCAAUCUCAUCUUCUCAUAGAUCAACUUACAAAGGCUACAUUUUCGGUCGCGAUGACAGCAACAGCAACAGCAAGAGCUGCUUUGCAGCCUCUGAGAGUAACUCGGAUGUGCAGGACCAGGUGAACCCCAGCCAAGCCAAGAAAGCGAAGUUCAGCAGUUCACAGACAAAGCCAGCCGCAUCAGGCACAAGCUCCGAGGGUGGCUCGACUUCAGGCGCCUCUCUGUUCGAGCUCCUGCGCAGGUCAACUUCCGCCGCCGAGAAGCAAGAGCACAAGCGCCCCGAAAGCUUCGGCAUCAUCACGGAGAGCCAAGCUGUGCACCAGUUCUCGGCGUUCAAGCUGUCAAGGAAGUUCUCCAAGAUAGGAGCAAGGAACUGACUCACAUAGCCUCCCUUGACCUACUCACAAUUGCUCCCUUGCACCUGUUUACGUCAAAAGGCAAAGCACUUUUUUCGCGGUAUUUUCAGAUGUACCUGUCUGUGCUCUGGAAAAAUGCACAUUGGAUAUAAACUCUGUAUCACUUUAGGUUCAAGAUAAAUGUGCGUCUGUGUUUGCUGUAUAUCGGUUUUUCUUAAGGCUGCUGUAUACAGUAUCAGUUGGUUGUC